AUGCAGUCAAUGCAGAGACAGUUCGGCAAACUCUGGAAUAAGGGCCCCGGAGAUAAUGCCAAGGUCUCGGUCCUCCUCAAUGACUAUGAGGAUGCGGACAAGGUUCUUUCACAGCUCAUCGACAACACCAAACUGUGGAGGGAGGCAUGGGCAUCUCUCGUCACCACUCAAUUGCAAAUUGUCGCGGAAUUUGAAGGCCUCUACGACCCCAUCGUUGGGGCGUCCGACGGCCACGGGCGGCAGGCCGUCCAGACGCCCCGACUGCAACUGGAACGGACCUUCAGGCUAAAGAAGGCCUACACCGAGCUAAAGGUUGAGUUGUCGGAGGAAAUUGGCAUGAUCGAUGAGCGCAUUGCAAAGCCCGCGAUUGAUGCCCGGGAUUGCAUUGCCCCGAUCCGCAAGACGAUCAAGAAGCGGGAGAAUAAGAGAUUAGAUUACGAGAAGCUGCAAGAAAAGGUUGCCAAGCUCCAGCGGAAGCCAGCCCGGACGCCAAAGGAGGAUGCUUCGCUUGCAAAGGUCGAAGCCGAGAUGGCAGCCGCGGGCGAGGAGUUUGGCAUUGCCGACGACCAUCUCCGCCAGACCCUACCCCCCAUCAUCAACGCAGCAUUUAGCCUGGUACCCCCACUGCUCUGCAAUCUCGUCAUGAUCCAGAACAGACUGCUAGGCCUCUACUACACCACCCUGCACAGCUACUGCGAGGAGUCCGGCUUUCCCUCGCCGCCCCCUCCGAUGGAAGAGGUUAUCGCCAUCUGGAACGCCGCAGUCAGCCCGGCCCGGAGCGAGAUCGAGUCCAUCAGUUUCAUUCGCCUCAAAGGGCCGCACUCGGGUCCACCACCCCCUGCAGAGGGAGUCCGCCGUGUCGGGUCAGGCUUGAUUCCCAGCGCCAAGCCGGGCCCUCAAGGGCGGAUGCUGCGCGCGCCCUCAUCCACGUCCUUACGGUCGCCGUCCCCUGGCGAAGACCGGCAGCGCCAGCCCAGCCCGGCCCCGUCCUCCUCUUCCAGCAGGCGGCCCGACUGUUCCGCUCCGACAGAUUUUACCACGGCCACCAUCCUGGGCGGGGCCACCGUCCGCCGGACCACGACGGAGCCCUUAUCAUCGAAUGGCGCCAGCACACCCGGCACCGCCAGUCCCAGCGUCUCCCAACUCGCGAACGGCUUCGGUAAUCUCGCCGCCAAGAAGAAGCCGCCUCCCCCGCCGCCUCCAAAACGGCUCCCAAGCGCCAAGCCAGAGGAAUGGGUCGUCGCGCAGUACACGUUUGAGGGGCAGGGAAAGGGGGACCUCUCGUUUCGAGAAGGCGACAGGAUCAGAGUGGUUACCAAGACCGAUACGGACCAGGAUUGGUGGGUUGGCGAGUUGGGAGGACUGAGAGGCAACUUCCCUGCCAACUAUUGCAAGCCGCUCUGA